CUACAGAAUUACAAGAAAUUAUUAGAGACGUUGAAGUAUUUGAUGAUUAUGAUUAUGAAUUUUUGCAAGAAGAUAAAGAUCUUGAAAGAGAACCAUUUAGUUUUAAUGAGGAAGAAAAACUUGAAAUCGAAAAUUUAAUAAAUUUGGAUGCUGAAGAAAUUGUAUCAAAUAUAGACAAAAUAAUUGAAAAAAAUAUUGAAUAUGAAUCAAUAGGAAACCAUAAUGAUAGUGAUAAUAGUGAUACUGUAGAUGACCAGAGAUUGCUGUAG